AUCCUCCAGAACUUCCCCUAUGAAUCACCAGGUCUGAAAGGUCAUUUGGAGGGUAAGGAGCUCUGUAGAAAGGAUGCUUUUUUUCCUCUUCUGUUAUUAGACAAAGGGGAGGCUGCAUAAAUGAGUGAGUUCGUAGGCAGAUGGUGAUAAAUCACUUCCCAUGCACUGAGUGGAUGUGGCUUGCACAGUCUGGUGACUGAGUGCAUGGAGCCACAAGGCAGCAUUGGGAUGGUUCCAUUCCUUCACCUCCCCGCAGCAUCCAUCAGGCAGCACAGUGGCAGCCCUUGAAGGUACGUGUUGGCCAUACUCACCCUGACCAGUUUGAUCAGUGGACAGACUCCAACCCCACACUCUGACCAUCAGGAGGCCCAUUUAAGACCAGGGUUGUGUCUUCAGUCCCUGAUUUGGGUGUUGUAUUUUCACUCUGACCCUGUUUGCUGUAGAUAGCUUAUCUUCUGCAUGGAUGGAUGGAUGGAUGGAUCUCUUGGUGUUGAGGCUGUCUCUGGACCCAUGACCGUGCUGCUCCAUCCCUCCUCAAAUGAAUCCUGGACUAAUUCUUCACUUUGCUGUAUUUAGGGCUGUCACCUCACUCUCUGCUGUGCUCAGACCCAGUGGGACAUCACCUCACCUAUGAAGUCACAGACUGUGCUGUGAUGUGGACCAUGACUUAUGAAAUGUCAGCCCUGUCCCUGCUUGGUGUUGUGGUUUUUCUGUGACAUAUUACAUCAGCCUGUGCUUGCGUAGGGCAGCCUCUGCUCAAACCAACCUACCACCCCUUCACUAAUGCUGGGUUAGUAGAGUGGGGCAUGUUCCCUUCUGAGGUCUUUCACCUCUCUCUGUGUUUCAGUCUUUGCAGCCCCACCACCCUUCAGCUGCAGUCACUUCUCCUUUCGGAUGCUGUGAACCCAGCCAUGCUGUUGGUUAAGGACAGCCUUACAGUAAAGAAGGCACCAAGGACAUGCCAGUUCUCCACUGCUGUUCCAGCUCCAGGAAUUUAAAAAAGGUCAGGGUUGCAAAGGAGGCUGAAGUCCUCACCAAACACUGUUUCCACCAUACACUUAAGCAUAGAUUCUAUCCAUUGGGAGCAGCAGCUCCUCCUCACACCCCAGGUCCACUCUUUGUUAACCUGGAGGGUAUUCAUACAGUCAUAGAAUCAUAGGGGCUGUGGAAGGGACCCCUGUGGGCACGUCCUUCCUCCAGCUCUGUCACUCUUCUGCCCCAGUUGGAGAGAACUGUCAUCACCUGUUUAUUUUCCUGCCUGGCUGAGGUGACUUCCUGGCUUCUGGGUUACAGGGAAGAGCUGGUGUCGGCAAGUUGCUCAGAUGAUCCUCUGGGAAAAGGCUCCUGGACACGUCCUUCCUGCAGCCUUAUGGCUCCACGCAGGACUUUCUGCACAGGAUGUGCUUUGGUGGAUCCCCAGCUUUCAGCACUCGGUGGUCCCCAGUGUCCAGCCAUAGGAAGCAGGCUUUGGGAGGGAACCUUUCUUUCCUCCUUUAAAACUUUCCAGCCUCUAAGAGCUGUCAUGACUGAAAACAGCACUGGGGCUGCAGAGCAUGCGACAAUUGCAUGGCUGCUCCCAGCUGUGCUGGGCUGCUGAGACCCCCCAUUCCCAAGAAUGUGGCCUGUUAUGCCCAAAUCCUUCCCCACGGUGAUACAGGUGCUGGCAAACCUCGUACCUGAGGUGUCCCCCAGCUCCUUUCUUCCUCCUUUUGCAGAAUCAUGGACUCACCAUGGUUGGAAAAGACGUCCAAGAUCUAGUCCAAUGCUCACCACCCAGAUUGCCCACUAAAUCAUGGUCCAUAGUACCAAAUUAGGAUAAUGCUGUUCAUUUUUCAUGUAAUCAAGCAAAUUCUUCUUUGCCUGCUCAAAGGAAAGGGAACUUUAGCCAGCUGUGGGACUUUCCAGCAUCCCUCAGUUCAUGACUGCACACCAACCUUUUCCUUCCAAAAGAAAACCCACCUAAAGAAUAAACAUCAAGGCACCUCCAGGGAGUUGUGCAUUGUUUGUCUGUGACAGGGCUGAGUUGAAAACCCAAGGAAGAGGAAGCACAGAUCCUGCUUUGUUUUACUUACUUCCUUAGGUCUGCUCCAUCCAGAGCCCUGUGUGGGUGUCCCUGUGCCUGCAGUCCUCCCUUGCACUUCUGGCUGUGAAAGCUCCAUCCCAGGUUGAGACACGCCACAGGCUUGCAGCAAAGUCAUACCUACCAGUCCCCCAAAUGUUUCCUUCUUGCUCGGGCACAUCAGAGAUGGGGUAAUGGCUGAGAAGGGAAGGGAGGAUUCACAAAGCCAAUGGGAGGAUGGAAAGAUGCUUUUGGGGAUCAUUAGCAUGGGGAACUCAUUGCAGCCCGUGGAGAUGUUGAGUCACUGGGUUGAACACAAGCCAGGAGGAACAGCACCGUUACAUAUAGGUUCAGCUGUUCAGUGUGCCCUGCUCUGCAUCUGCUGGCCAUGGCAGGAUGAGACCAACUCCAAUCUGCUGUUAGGUUCUGGCCCUAAAGGACACCAGAAAGGCAAACAUUGAGCCCCAAAUCCCUGCACUGAUAGAGUGGCAGGUUCAUCCAUUAGGUCCCAGUGACACAGUUGUUGAUGGCACCUCUUGCCAUGAGCUUCCUUUGGGGUCAGGCAGCUGGAAGGAGCACAAUGCAGGCUGCUCCUGCAUUGCUCUGACCUCUGCUUGUGGCUAUGGGAUGCAGACUGAGCAGCGGAGACCCCUCUACAAGGGAAGAGUUCACCUGCCCCCAGGUUGAAGAGCGAAAAGGACCCCAUAAUAAAUGAAGGUGUCCUUGCACUGUUGCAUUAUGGAGGGGGGAUUUUUUAUGUCCAAAACGAUGCGUCCCUCUCCAUAGAAUGUGGGGCAAUGUUUGGCAGUGUGUGACAUCCCAGAGCCUUUGAGCCACAGAUGGAUGCUGCUCUCCUGGUGGAAGGGACUCCAGUCGAUUCACAUUUUCUCCUUAACACUUUCUCAGCUCUCAAGUCAAGAAAUGACUUUGUGUAAAGCACAGCAUUGCCUUUCUUGUCACCACAAAAUCACUCUCGGUGCCUUUUGAAGGCCUUUGCUCUGUGCUUCUGUAGAGGAGGAUUUCACUUCCCUAUUGGCUUUGUGGCUUUCCCACAGGCCAGACUCAACUUACAGAGAAGUGACCCGAGCCUGUUUGUCCUUUCUUUCUAGGGAUCAUCUCUGUCUGCAGCCUGAGAGCUGCCACGUGACACGUAAAUCCCCUGGCUCUAAGAAAACACACAGGGCUUUCACUAGAAAUUCGUCGGAAAAGAGCUAGAAUGGGGAGGUGCUGAAGAGGAUAAAUUGCAGCGGCUCCUUGCUGAGCUAACAGAGCUCCUUAGGAGAGGCACAGCAGCACUGCAUUAAGGAAAAGCCCACAUCCAGCUGUGAUGCUCAGCACAAAGCCACUCCUGCUGCUCCUGCUGCUCCUCAGCAUCUCCCAGCCCAGCUCCACAGCCCCAUAUGCACCUUCGGAAUGCUGUUACGAAUAUGUAAAAGGUGCUCUCCGGGUUGAAGUGUUGAAGAGUUUCUAUGAGACUUCCAAUGACUGCCUUCUAGAAGCAAUUGUGUUUGAGACAAAGAAAGGGAAGAAGAUCUGUGCAAAACCAAACGCACUUUGGGUGAAAAGAGCAGUUAAGAAUCUUCAGAAAAAGGAGCCUCAAGCUGAGUGAUGCACAGCGGACACACAAGUUGAGGAUCGCAGCUUCCUGAUGGGAAGAUUUACACUCAGCCUCCUGCGGAGGACCCCUAUGCUGACAGAUCCACAUCCCCAGGUGCUGCAGCCCUGCCAGCCCUGCCCCCACCUGCAGGACGCAGCUCCAAA